AACGUGUCUGUCAACUCCGCCCCCAAUGCAAUUUAAUUCCUCUCUCCCCCCUUUCCGAUUUUCCCUCUCAUCCGCUCCUUCUCUCCUCCCUCCGAUUCUUCAUGGCCCCUUCCCUCCACGAUGAUCCCAUUGAUGAUUCCAUCUCCGCCGCCGCCCCUCCACAACCUCCUCUACCUCAAAUGCCGCCAAUCAAGGUCACCAUCGUCGGCAGCGGAAAUUGGGGCAGUGUCGCCGCCAAGCUCAUCGCCUCCAACACACUUAAACUCUCCUCUUUCCACGAUGAAGUGAGAAUGUGGGUGUUUGAGGAGACCCUCCCAACUGGUGAAAAGCUCACUGAAGUCAUCAACAAUACUAAUGAGAACGUCAAGUAUCUCCCUGGAAUAAAGCUCGGCAAAAAUGUUGUUGCGGAUCCUGAUCUUGAAAACGCAGUGAGGGAUGCCACCAUGCUAGUAUUUGUGACUCCCCAUCAGUUCAUGGAGGGCAUUUGCAAAAGGCUGGUGGGGAAGAUAAGGAGCGACGCUGAAGCAAUCUCCCUAAUCAAAGGAAUGGAAGUCAAGAGGGAUGGUCCGUGCAUGAUCUCGUCCCUCAUAUCCGAGCAUCUUGGAAUCAACUGCUGUGUUUUGAUGGGUGCAAACAUUGCAAACGAGAUUGCGUUGGAGCAGUUUAGUGAAGCUACAGUCGGAUACAGGAAAAAUAAAGAGAUUGCGGAUAAAUGGGUUAAGCUAUUCAACACUUCAUACUUCAUGGUCUCGUGUGUCCAAGAUGUGGAAGGAGUUGAACUCUGUGGAACGCUAAAAAACAUUGUGGCUAUUGCAGCAGGAUUCGUGGAUGGGUUGGAGAUGGGGAACAACACAAAGGCUGCAAUAAUGAGAAUUGGUUUAAGGGAGAUGAAGGCCUUCUCAAAGCUACUCUUCCCUUCGGUCAAGGAUACUACCUUCUUCGAGAGCUGUGGCAUAGCAGAUCUCAUCACGACAUGCUUGGGAGGGAGAAACAGGAGAUGUGCCGAGGCUUUUGCUAAGAACGGUGGGAAGAGGUCAUUCGAUGAGCUCGAAGCUGAGAUGUUGCAGGGCCAAAAACUACAGGGAGUAUCGACUGCAAAAGAGGUGCACGAGGUUUUGAGCCAUCGAGGAUGGUUAGAGAAUUUCCCUCUCUUCUCGACUGUCCACGAGAUCAGUUGUGGCCGUCUUCCGCCAAACGCCAUUGUUGUAUACAGUGAGCUCGCUCCAGAUCAGUCCAGGGGUGAAUCAAGAAUUUGAUUAUGGAAUAGGCUGAAAAAUAAACAAUUCAGCGCUUUCAGUUUUAUACGUAUGCUUUGCCAGACUUUAUCAAUAACUCACACUAUAUGCUUGUGCUUAUUCUACUCAACUUUUACCAA